GCUAAUUGUGGGGUUCGGCUGUGAUGGAGGAGGGGGCUCGGGGUGACCGCUGAGGCGCUGACAGGCUGACUGGGAGAUUACAGGUCUGGCCGGCUCCUUGCUCGCUCGGGCCCUCACCCGUCCGCCCCCAUGUCCCACUCCUGCCUCUUGCGCACGGCCUGGGAAAGGAAGGGGGCUCCGGGCGGGCAGCAUCCAGCCAGCUGUGGGAGGUGAGCCUGGAAAGGGGAGGUGAGUGCGGGCAGCUCAGCGGUGGGUGCUGGCAGGUGGGGGCAGACCUCAGAACCAGUGGCUCCUGCCUGCGUGGAGCCCGAUGUCCCCAGUCUCCCGGCUGGGACUGCGGAACGGGGGCGCAGCUCCUUAUCCAGGAGCCCCUCUGAUGCUUGGGCGGCUGGGCGCUCCCGUUGGCCUCAUCUGUGCUCCCGAUGCCCUGCAGUGCCCACCCUCUCUCAGCCGGCCCCAGCCCACAUCUGGCUUCUCCCAGUAUCUCACCCCGUCUUCCUGUCCCUCUCAGCCUGACCCUGACAGGCUGUCCACUGGAGAGGUGGUCUCUGGAGGAUGUCCACACUUGCCUGAGUGCCAGCCCCGUUCAUCUGUUCACCGGGUGUUGACUGUGGCCGCUGUGUGCCAGGGCCGACAAGUUGCUGGGAGCUCCACGGGGGCUCCCGGACCCUGGAGGGUAGAGACCUGUCCCUCUGUCCCCAGCACACAGCACCGUCGUGUGGCACACAGGAAGCGCUUGGGGGCUUCGGGCUGAGCAGAUGGGGCAGGUCAGCGGGCCCAUUUGGGGGGUCCCCACGAGCAUGGGGAAGUCGAUGGAGGCGUUAAGCUGCAGGGUGUUCUGACGGGAAGGACUGCUCUGCAGAGGAGGGACAUGGACAAGCCUGGGGGGGAAUCAGAAAUGGGGCCCAAACCGAGUCCAGGUGGGACACAAUGGUGGCUGGGACUCAGGGGGGCGGCCAGGAGGAGAGGUGGGUCUUGCAUCAUGGUGGGGCGUCUGGGCACCAGAACCUACUGAAUCCCACCUUGUGUCCUGAGGGUCUGGGAGGCCCAGGAGGCUGCUGGCAGCGCCCAGGCAGGUAUUCUUGAAGGACAGUAAUCGACUGAAACCAAGUCGUCCUAAGCCGUCUCUCCACGAGGUUAGGCACCGCAUGGUGAGGCAGUGACUGGGACCGACUGCCGACAGCAUGGAGAUCCCAGUCUGGGUCAGCGCCCACACUGCAGGGUCUGCAGUCACGGGGGCGUGGGCGGCUGCGGCUGCAGCACACACCCUAGGGCUUUGCCGGGUGAGCCCCUGCGACGCCUGAGGGUGAGGGCUGGACGCAGAGACACUGGUCACGGUGACCUCGGGUAUCAGACGGAGGGGCUGAGAGGCGGCCUGGGAGCACAGGGCAGGAAGGAGUGGGAGGCUAUGGACUUGGCUGGGGGGAGGCCCAUGGGGUCGGGGGAGCAGGCCCGGAGACCCCAAAGGCAGGUGGCAGAGAAAGCCCUGGGGUUGGUUUCUCUGCGCCCACUCCCCCUUGGCCCGGGGUCUUGGGCCACCAGGCAGGGGUGAUUUUCAUGCUGGGGCCCAGAGCCCAGGCUGCAGGGGGAGCCUCCACAGCCCUGGCGGGGAUGGGCUCUGGCCCACGGCCUCUGCCAGUUGACGGAGGAACCGGGCUGUGGGCCGGGCUGGUGGGGAGGUGACACCCUAUACACCUGGGAGGGGUCCUGUGGGAGGCUCUCCCAGCGCUGACGCAAGGCUCAGGCUAGACGUCAGGCUGUCCCUAGAGCCCGGCCCCACCCGCGCCUGCUCCUAGGUGGCUGUGCGGGGAGCUCGGCCUUUGCCCGGGGAUCUCCAUGCUGGCCUGGAGCAGAGACUGAGCUGGACUUCUGGAGCCCGGGGUGCCAGGGGCAAUGGCGCUGCAGCUCUGGACCCUGACCCUCCUGGGCCUGGCGGGCACAAGUGCAAGCCUGCGGUCCCGCAAGCUGGACUUCUUCCGCAGCGAAACAGAGCUGAACCACCUGGUGGUGGACGAGGUGUCGGGCGUGGUGUACGUGGGGGCGGUGAACACGCUCUACCAGCUGAGUGCCGACCUGCAGCUGGAGCAGCGGGCGGCCACGGGCCCGGCCCUGGACAACAAGAAGUGCACGCCGCCCAUCGAGGCGAGCCAGUGCCACGAGGCCGUGCAGACUGACAACGUCAACCAGCUCCUGCUGCUCGACCCCUCCCGGAACCGCCUCAUCGAGUGCGGCAGCCUCUUCAAGGGCAUUUGCGCCCUGCGUUCCCUGAGCAACAUCUCCUCGCUCCUCUUCUACGAGGAUGGCAGUGGCGAGAAGUCCUUCGUGGCCAGCAACGACGAGAGCGUGGCCACCGUGGGGCUGGUGAGCACAACGGGCCCAAGCGGCGAGCACGUGCUCUUUGUGGGCAAGGGCAACGGGCCCCACGACAACGGCAUCAUUGUGAGCACGCGCCUGCUGGACCGGACGGAGGGCAGGGAGGCCUUUGAGGCCUACACGGACCACGCCACCUACAAGGCCGGCUACCUGUCCACAAACACACAGCAGUUCGUGGCUGCCUUCGAGGAUGGCCACUACGUCUUCUUCGUCUUCAACCAGCAGGACAAGCACCCGGCCCGGAACCGCACGCUGCUGGCGCGUAUGUGCAAGUACGACCCGUUCUACUACUCCUACCUGGAGGUGGACCUGCGCUGCCUGGGCCCCGAUGACACCCGGGUCCCCGCCUUCGGCACCUGCCUGGCGGCCUCCGUGGCCCGGCCAGGCGCCACUGGGGUGCUCUACACUGUCUUCAGCACAGAUGGCCGGGGUGGCGGGGGGCCACGGGCGGGCCUCUGCCUGUUCCCACUGGACGAGGUCCACAGCAAGAUGGAGACCAGCCGCGACGCCUGCUACACGGGCACCCGGGAGGCGGGCCGGGACACCUUCUACAAGCCCUUCCACGGCGAGAUCCAGUGUGGUGGCCACGGGUCGGGUGCCAGUGAGAGUUUCCCGUGUGGCUCAGAGCACCUGCCCUACCCGCUGGGCAGCCGAGACGGACUCUCAGCCGUAGCCGUGCUGCACCGUGGAGGCCUGAACCUGACAGCUGUGACAGUGACGACCGAGAAUGGCCACACCAUCGCCUUCCUGGGCACCUCGGACGGCCGGGUCCUCAAGGUGUACCUCGCUCCAGAUGGCAGCUCCGCGGAGUAUGGCUCUGUCCUUGUGGAGAUCAACAAGAGAAUCAAGAAGGACCUGGUGCUGGCCGCAGACCUGACCAGUCUGUACGCCAUGACCCAGGACAAGGUGUUCCGGCUCCCCGUGCAGGAGUGUGAGAGCUUUUCCACCUGCGCCCAGUGCCGCAGCUCACAGGACCCCUACUGCGGCUGGUGUGUCGUCGAGGGACGAUGCACCAGGAGGGCUGAGUGCCCGCGGGCCGAAGAGAGUGGCCACUGGCUGUGGAGCCGCAGUGAGGCCUGCGUGGCCGUCACCGAGACCCAGCCGCAGAACAUGAGCCGCCGGGCGCAGGGAGAGGUGUGCGGUGGGGGUGGAGGCAGGGGCGCUGCUGGCCGGGCGCAGGGAGAGGUGCACCUGACCGUCAGUCCCCUCCCGGCCCUGAGCGAGGAGGACAAGCUGCUGUGCCUCUUCGGUGAAUCACCGCCACACGUGGCGAGCAUGCAGGGGGGCGCCGUGGUCUGCAACUCCCCGAGCAGCAUCCCCAGCACACCGCCUGGCCAGGAUCACGUGGCUGUGACCAUCCAGCUUCUCUUCAAACGCGGCAACGUCUUCCUGACCUCCCACCUGUACCCCUUCUACGACUGCCGAGUGGCCAUGAGCCUGGAGGAGAACCUGCCGUGCAUCUCCUGUGCCAGCAACCGCUGGACCUGCCAGUGGGACCUGCGCUACCACGAGUGUCGGGAGGCCUCGCCCAACCCUGAGGACGGCAUCGUCCGUGCCCACAUGGAGGACGACUGCCCCCAGUUCUUGAACCCCAGCCCGCUGGUCAUUCCCAUGAACCACGAGACGGCGGUGACCUUCCAGGGCAAGAACCUGGACACGGUGAAGAGCUCCUCCCUGCGCGUGGGCAGUGACCUGCUCAAGUUUGAGGAGCCAGUCAGCACACAGGAGCAAGGAACCUUCUCCUUUCGGACCCCAAAGCUCUCCCACGAUGCCAACGAGACGCUGCCCCUGCAUCUGUAUGUCAAGUCCUACGGCAAGAAUAUUGACAGCCGGCUCCAAGUGACCCUCUACAACUGCUCCUUCGGCCGCAGCGACUGCAGCCUGUGCCUGGCCGCUGACCCUGUCUACAGGUGCGUGUGGUGCAGCGGGCAGAACAGGUGUGUGUACGCGGCCCUGUGUGGUAACGCCACCUCCGAGUGCCCACCGCCCGUCAUCACCAGGAUCCAGCCUGAGACCGGUCCGCUCGGCGGAGGCAUUCGCGUCACCAUCCUUGGGUCAAAUCUGGGGGUCAGAGCAGACGACGUGAAGAGGGUCACCGUGGCUGGCCGGAACUGUGCCUUUGAGCCAGAACGCUACUCCGUGUCCACCCGGAUCGUGUGCACCAUCGAGGCUGCAGAGGCGCCCUUCACGGGGGGCGUCGAGGUGGACAUCAGCGGGAAGCUCGGCCAUUCGCCUCCCCAUGUCCAAUUCACCUAUCAGCAGCCCCAGCCCCUCAGUGUGGAGCCAAAGCAGGGGCCACAGGCGGGCGGCACCAUGUUGACCAUCAAUGGUACCCACCUGGACACAGGCUCUGAGGAAGACAUGCGGGUGACCCUCAAUGACAUCCCUUGUAAAGUGACGCAGUUUGGGGCACAGCUUCAGUGUGUCACCGGCCCCCAGGCGGCUCCGGGAGAGCUGCCCCUGAAAAUUUACUAUGGGGGCUCCGAAGUGCCCAGCCCUGGCGUCACCUUCACCUACCGUGAGAACCCAGUCCUGCGGGCCUUCGAGCCGCUGCGAAGCUUUGUCAGUGGUGGCCGGAGCAUCAACGUCACAGGACAGGGCUUCAGCCUGAUCCAGAAAUUCGCCAUGGUGGUCAUAGCCGAGCCCCUGCAGUCCUGGAGGCGGCGGCGGGAGGCCGGAGCCCUGCAGCCCGUGACGGUCGUGGGCAGGGAGUACGUGUUCUGCAGUGACUCCAAGGUUGUGUUCUUGUCCCCGGCCGUCCCCGAGGAGCCCGAGGCCUACAACCUCACGGCGCUCAUUCAGAUGGAUGGGCACCAAGCCCUGCUCAGGACUGAGGCUGGUGCCUUUGAGUACGUCGCCGACCCCACCUUCGAGAACUUCACAGGGGGCGUCAAGAAGCAGGUCAACAAGCUCAUUCACGCGCGGGGCACCAAUCUGAACAAGGCGAUGACGAUUCACGAGGCCGAGGCCUUCGUGGGUGCCGAGCGGUGCGUCAUGAAGACCCUGACGGAGACCGAUCUGUACUGUGAGCCCCCAGAGGUGCAGCCCCCUCCCAAGCGGCGGCAGAAGCGGGACACGACCCACAACCUGCCUGAGUUCAUUGUGAAGUUUGGCUCCCGGGAGUGGGUGCUGGGCCGCGUGGAGUAUGACACGCGUGUGAGUGACGUGCCGCUCAGCCUCAUCCUGCCGCUGGUCAUCGUGCCCAUGGUGGCCGUCAUCGCCGUGUCUGUCUACUGCUACUGGAGGAAGAGCCAACAGGCAGAGCGCGAGUACGAGAAGAUCAAGUCCCAGCUGGAGGGCUUGGAGGAGAGCGUGCGUGACCGCUGCAAGAAGGAGUUCACAGACCUGAUGAUUGAGAUGGAGGACCAGACCAACGACGUGCACGAGGCAGGCAUCCCCGUGCUGGACUACAAGACCUACACCGACCGCGUCUUCUUCCUGCCCUCCAAGGACGGCGACAAGGACGUGAUGAUCACGGGCAAGCUGGACAUCCCUGAGUCACGGCGGCCCUUGGUGGAGCAGGCGCUCUACCAGUUCUCCAACCUGCUCAACAGCAAGUGCUUCCUCAUCAACUUCAUUCACACUUUGGAGAACCAGCGGGAGUUCUCGGCCCGCGCCAAGGUCUACUUUGCGUCGCUGCUGACGGUGGCGCUGCACGGGAAGCUGGAGUACUACACGGACAUCAUGCGCACGCUCUUCCUGGAGCUCAUGGAGCAGUAUGUGGUGGCCAAGAACCCCAAGCUGAUGCUGCGCAGGUCUGAGACAGUGGUGGAGAGGAUGCUGUCUAAUUGGAUGUCCAUCUGCCUGUACCAGUAUCUCAAGGACAGCGCAGGGGAGCCGCUGUACAAGCUCUUCAAGGCCAUCAAGCAUCAGGUGGAGAAGGGGCCGGUGGAUGCUGUGCAGAAGAAAGCCAAAUACACCCUCAACGACACAGGGCUGCUGGGGGACGACGUGGAGUACGCACCCCUGAUGGUGAGCGUGAUCGUCCAGGACGAAGGGGUCGACGCCAUCCCUGUCAAGGUCCUCAACUGUGACACCAUCUCCCAGGUCAAGGAGAAGAUCAUUGACCAGGUGUACCGCACGCAGCCUUGCUCCCGCUGGCCCAAGGCUGACAGUGUGGUCCUCGAGUGGCGUCCUGGGUCCACAGCCCAGAUCCUGUCAGACCUGGACCUGACCUCUCAGCGGGAGGGCCGGUGGAAGCGCGUCAACACGCUGAUGCACUACAACGUCCGGGAUGGGGCCACUCUUAUCCUGUCGAAGGUGGGGGUCUCCCAGCAGCCUGAGGACAGCCAGCAGGACCUGCCUGGGGAGCGCCACGCCCUCCUGGAGGAGGAGAACCGGGUGUGGCACCUGGUGCGGCCAACGGACGAGGUGGACGAAGGCAAGUCCAAGCGUGGCAGCAUGAAGGAAAAGGAGCGCACCAAGGCCAUCACCGAGAUCUACCUGACCCGCCUGCUCUCGGUCAAGGGCACGCUGCAGCAGUUCGUGGACAACUUCUUCCAGAGCGUGCUGGCGCCUGGCCACGCGGUGCCGCCCGCAGUCAAGUACUUCUUCGACUUCCUGGACGAGCAGGCAGAAAAGCACGACAUCAAGGACGAGGACACCAUCCACAUCUGGAAGACCAACAGUUUACCUCUCCGGUUCUGGGUGAACAUCCUCAAGAACCCCCAUUUCAUCUUCGACGUGCACGUCCAUGAGGUGGUGGACGCCUCCCUGUCGGUCAUCGCACAGACCUUCAUGGACGCCUGCACACGCACAGAGCACAAGCUGAGCCGCGACUCUCCCAGCAACAAGCUACUCUACGCCAAGGAGAUCUCCACCUAUAAGAAGAUGGUGGAGGACUACUACAAGGGGAUCAGACAGAUGGUGCAGGUCAGCGACCAGGACAUGAACACACACCUGGCAGAGAUUUCCCGGGCGCACACGGACUCCCUGAACACCCUCGUGGCCCUGCACCAGCUCUACCAGUACACGCAGAAGUACUACGACGAGAUCAUCAACGCCCUGGAGGAGGAUCCCGCCGCCCAGAAGAUGCAGCUGGCCUUCCGCCUGCAGCAGAUCGCGGCUGCGCUUGAGAACAAGGUCACGGACCUCUGACUGCGACCUCCACCGUCAUGGUCUCGGGACACAGGUGUGUGACACCCACUGCCGGGCGCUGGGCGGCCCCGGGGGAGCACGGCCAAGCGGGCAGGACUCAGCCCUUCUCUCUCUGGCAGAGGAAGAGCCCCCGGGCUUCCGAGUGUGUGCGUGGCAGGGGGGCCCCCACCUCAGCAUUUGUAGCCUCAUAGCACCCUUCUCCUGAGCAAUAGUGCCGGGCGCCCACCAGCACCAGUUCCCUCCUGCAGAACCAGCAUCGGGGGUGUCUCCUUCAAGCCUCCUGAGUGAUUCGAAAACGUGCCUUAUGUCCCCGGCGCCACGCUGGGUUGCUGGGGGCAGUCGGGCCUCAGCCCCCCUCCCCAGGCACCAGCAGCCGCCUCAGAUACCUGGGUUGGGCCUUUUGGGGUGAGGUCUGAGUGCCCUCGGCCCCCAGGACCUAGUGCCCAGACUCUGUCCGUCUGCCCUACCUGGACUGGGGCAGAAAAGUGGUACGAUGCCUUCCUGACCUCGCUGGCCUGCCCUGCGGGGCACUGGCACUCCCGGGGGACUCCGUGCUGCAGGCCCCACCUCAAAGGUCAAGCUGGACGUCAGACGUCGAGGCCCAGGCGGCCAGAAGGGACCCAGCAGACUGGGGAUCAGGGUCCCGGCCUGUCAGACAGGCUGACCUGGAGGCCCUGCCCAGGUCCGGGGGGCCGGGAGCAGCUCCGCCAGGACACCCGCAACCCUUUUUGUAAAUCUUGUUAAUUGUCGAUCAAAUACAGCUGUCUUUUUCACUCUG